AUGGUAAGUUAUUUAUGUUUUGCUUGGAUUAUUGAUGCGUUUAGGGAUUGUUCUAGGUUUAUAUUAACUUUUUGCUUAAUUUAAAAGUUGUUUUGGUUUGUGGUAUGGCUUGAAAAUGGCACAAACUUUGAUUCUUUGCAAAAAAUUGGCCAAAUUUUGAUGUUCGCAAGUUUAGAAGCUUGGUAAAAAUGUUUACUGAGCUAUAACUUUUAUAUUGUUGGUUUUAAAAUGUUGUAUAUUAUGUUUUCUUUAAGUUUUAUUAAGUUUUGUAUAGUUAAAACAUCUUUGUCAUAUCAAAAAACUUGAAAACCUUGUUUUAGGUAUAUCAACUAUUGAGAUGGUCGAUUUUCAUAGAUUUUUUUAUUUUAACGAACACUUUUUGAUACGAAAUAACAUUCUGUAGUUUAACUAUGGUAUUUUUGAUCUUUUAUAAACAAACAUUUGUUUUUAAAACGCAAAGUUACAUGUGAACUGCGCCUUGUUACCUAUCUAUUGUUACCUAUACCUUUUUGAUGUUUAAUCUCAAAAUUACGCGAUUAUAAAUAACUUUCUAAUAUUUUAGAUUCUAUCUUCAUAUCUACUGACCGUUCUUCACAUAUCAACUUUGCUUUCACUUGUACAGACGAUUCGCUUCCCAUAUUACUCACCAGACACCUAUCCGGACUCCUUUCGUGACUUCAGAAGCUGUGGACUGCCAUGGAGAUCAUUGGUCUGUGAUGCUGAUGGGGUACUAGAUGAGGAAGGUAAGAUUAUCAAUUAUUUUUUAUGUUUUUAGGUACAUUUUCACUGGAUUAUGGACAAUUUAACUUGGUUUAGGCUGGUUUCGGAGGUUUUUCGCGGGUAUUUGCUCGUUUUUUAUCAAUAUCUCUUAGAAUUUAGCUGGUAUUAUAAAGUUUGAAUGUAUUUUAGUUUUGACGGAGUAUAAAUGAUUAUUUUCAGGUCGUCUGUUGCUUGAUAAGUCCACAAGAUUAAUAGAAAACAACACGAAAUGUGGUUGCGCACCUCAAGAUGGGCCUUUUGGCAGUUGUUUAGAGGACAAGGGUUACCGAAUAUCAGUGGCUAUUUUAGAUAGUAUUUUUGUAGAAUCUUCUGAGGAGUACGUUUUUUAAUUUCAACAUUUUUUUGUUGCACAUUUCGACGUUUUUUCGAGUUAAAUUGAUGUUGUUAUAGACAAAAUCACGCGUUUUAUAAGCAUUUUGGGUUUUCAAAAGUUCUUGGACAAAUUUUUCAAAUAAAAAAUAAUUUUUAUAUUACAGAGUAGUAAAAGAACGACUAGAAAGAGUGUUCCCAGAAGCUUUGAGGAAAAAACAAGAACGAGGUCAAUGUGAUGAUGAUAUUGUCAUUGUACUGGCUGUGAAGAAUCGGAUUGUAAGUAUUUUUUUAAAAGUCAGGUUGAAUUAGUUAUUUGAGGUGAGUUAAGUUAUCUACGAGCAUUUUUAAAAUUUAAAAAAAGGUUUUUAUAAGAUUUUGCACGGUGCAACAAGUUGUAAUUUGAAAAAUGUGGAUAUAAAAAUGAAAAUACAGUAACAUUUUGUUGGAAUUAGUAUCAGAGGAUAGUAAAUUCACUAUGAUUCAAUAAAAUAUGAUUUUAGAUAGCCACGUCCGUUGGAAUGGUCGCUAGACGAAAGUUGAACUUCGAAAUUGUGGAUAAGGUCACUGAAUUUGCUAGUAAGUGAAUUUUGUAUUGAGUGAAAAAUUGUAAGUUUUAUGUUAUAUAAGGUACACUGAGUUAUGAUUUUUCUUUUUGUUGUGUUUUGUGUCAUGAUGACAAGGUUUAUGUACGUUAUGACGGAUUUUGUAGACUUUGUAGCACAUUUUUUUUAUUUUAAUGGCAUUUUUUCUUUAUCUUUGACUAGUAUUAAAAUUUUUUUCAGAAAUCCGUCACCUAGAUCAAGGUGAAUAUGCCAAAGGCCUGAACCUGAUGAUCGAGAUCUUUGGCAAAGUACUAACCGGAGAGAACUAUCUUGAGGUCCUGCCAUCCCGAAUGGAGCGCAUCUACUACUACAAGCUCAAAAACAUGGUUCCAAGUUGGCCAGUGUGGUUAACGUUCAUCGUCAUUAUCGGUACACCAGCCAUUUUCGUACUGGUACUUCUGGUACUGGCCUUGAUUUGCGCACUGAGGAGGUAUCAUAACAUAACAAAGUAUGGGUAUACGAACCCAAAUGACUCAACAUAUGUAACCGGAUCGUUUUCAUCGUCCAUGGUUUCUAGAUCAACGUCGCAGGACUGA